AAGAAAUAGAUUAGCGUGUGAGCUCAUCUCUCUUAAAUCUCUCCGCUCUAAAUAAGUUUGUUGGAAUUAUCCUCCGCGUUUUUGUUAAAUCGAUUCGUUCCGCGACCUUAUCCAUUUUCUUCAUCUCUCUCUCUCAAUUCUCAAACUUCGAUUUUCCUUUUCUCGCGCGAGAUAUUUUCUGGAUUUUGUCUGCGAAUCACGAAUAUUCCAGCGUUUCUUCGUCCCGCAUUGGCGCACGAUUUUUGUCGUUUUUCCGGGAUUCGAAGAACAGUUUAUAGAGUGAAGAAGAAGAAGAGUCGAGAGGUUUUUCGGAGUCGAUAUCGUUUUUUUGAAUCGAAUCUGCAAGUUUUUGAAGUUUCUGUGUGGAGUUUUGUUGGAUGAGAUAUGUCGAUACCGAAGGAGCCAGAGCAGGUGAUGAAGCUGAGAGAUGGAUCGGUACUUGGUAAGAAGACGAUUCUCAAGAGUGACCAUUUUCCAGGUUGUCAAAAUAAGCGUAUGACUCCUCAGAUCGAAGGCGCUCCCAAUUACCGUCAGGCUGAUUCACUACGUGUACAUGGGGUUGCAAUUCCAACUGCUGUUGGGAUACGAAACGUUCUUAGGCAUAUUGGAGCUCACAAGGACGGGAAACAAGCAAAAGUUCUUUGGGUUAGUCUCAGGGAGGAACCGGUAGUAUACAUAAACGGGCGACCUUUUGUUCUACGUGAUGUGGAGAAACCUUUCACUAAUCUUGAGUACACGGGAAUCAACAGGGUAAGGGUAGAGCAAAUGGAAGCCCGGUUAAAAGAAGAUAUUCUCAUGGAGGCGUCGAGAUAUGGGAAUAAGAUACUUGUCACCGAUGAACUGCCAGAUGGUCAGAUGGUGGACCAGUGGGAGCCAGUCUCAACUGAUUCUUUGAAGACACUACUUGAGGUUUACGAAGAACUGCAAGCUGAAGGCUACCUUGUCGAUUAUGAACGUGUUCCUAUAACGGAUGAAAAGUCACCAAAAGAAACAGAUUUUGAUCUGUUGAUUAGGAAGAUAUCUCAGGCUGACAUUAAUACGGAGAUCAUUUUCAAUUGUCAAAUGGGACGUGGACGUACGACAACUGGAAUGGUGAUUGCAACCCUGGUCUAUUUCAAACGUACUGGGGCAUCAGAUCAAGGAUUCCCAAGAAACAACUCUUUUGGGAGAAUCUUUAAAGCUGGUGAAAAUAUUACUGUUAAUCUGCCGAAUUCGGAGGAGGCAAUCCGUAGAGGGGAAUACGCGGUCGUUAGAAGUUUAAUUAGAGUCUUAGAGGGUGGUGUAGAAGGUAAAAGGCAAGUUGAUAAAGUCAUCGACAAAUGUGCAUCCAUGCAGAAUUUACGAGAGGCAAUUGCAACCUAUCGCAGUAGUAUUUUGCGUCAACCCGAUGAAAAGAAGAGAGAGGCAGCACUCUCAUUUUUUGUUGAGUACUUGGAAAGAUAUUACUUCCUUAUAUGCUUUGCAGUAUAUCUUCAUUCAGAGGGUGCUUUUCUCCAAUCUGGUUCGCUUGGCCAUGUCAGUUUUGCUGAUUGGAUGCGAGCUAGGCCAGAGCUCUAUAGCAUUCUUCGCAGGUUGCUCAGGAGAGAUCCUAUGGGUGCCCUUGGAUAUGCAGCUAUGAAGCCUUCUUUGACAAAGAUUGCAGAAUCUACUGACGGGCGCCCUCACGAGAUGAGUGUCGUUGCUGCGCUUAGAAGUGGGGCAGUUCUGGGAAGUCAAACUGUACUAAAGAGUGAUCAUAGUCCUGGCUGUCAAAUUUUAAGUCUACCAGAGAGGGUGGAAGGAGCUCCGAAUUUUAGGGAGGUUCCAGGAUUUCCUGUAUAUGGUGUUGCGAAUCCAACUAUAGAUGGUAUUCGAUCUGUCAUUGAAAGGGUUGGGAGUUCCAGAGGUGGUCGGCCAGUUUUUUGGCACAAUAUGAGAGAAGAACCUGUUAUAUAUAUCAACGGGAAACCAUUUGUUCUACGUGAAGUUGAAAGGCCAUAUAAGAACAUGCUAGAAUAUACGGGAAUUGAUCGAGAUAGAGUGGAAGGAAUGGAGGCUCGUCUAAAAGAAGAUAUUCUGAGAGAAGCUAAGCGAUAUGACGGUGCGAUAAUGGUCAUUCAUGAAACCAAAGAUGGACAGAUUUUUGAUUUAUGGGAAACUGUGGAUGCUGAUUCUGUUCAAACACCCCUCGAGGUCUACAAAUGUUUAGAGGCUGAUGGUUUUCCUAUUAAGUAUGCACGUGUACCUAUAACUGAUGGUAAAGCGCCCAAAAGCUCAGACUUUGACACAUUGACAUCUAAUAUUGCUUCUGCUUCCAAAGACACUGCUUUUGUCUUCAAUUGCCAGAUGGGGAGAGGUAGAACAACCACUGGAACUGUCAUUGCCUGUCUAGUGAAGCUCCGCAUCAAUUAUGGGAGACCUAUCAAGGUUCUUUAUGACGUUCUGACCCAUGACAUUGUGGAUGAAGAUUCCUCAAGUGGUGGUGAAGAAACUGGAAGUAAUAACGCUGAAGCAAGACCUCGUAAUUCAGGACGAAGAACUGAGGAGGAACAAGGUCGUGCAUUUGGAAUGGAUGACAUCCUUUUACUGUGGAAAAUCACUAGGUUAUUCGAUAAUGGAGUUGAAUCCCGUGAGGCUUUAGAUGCCGUGAUUGAUAGAUGUUCUGCAUUGCAAAAUAUUCGUGAAGCUGUUCUGCAGUACAGAAAGGUUUUCAACCAACAACAUGUUGAGCCACGAGUAAGGAGUGCUGCCUUGAAACGUGGCGCUGAAUAUUUGGAGAGAUACUUCCGCUUGAUUGCCUUUGCAGCCUAUCUAGGAAGCAAAGCUUUUGAUGGGUUCUUUGUGGAAGGAGAAUCUAAGGUGACGUUCAAGAAUUGGUUGAAUCAGAGGCCUGAGGUGCAAGCAAUGAAGUGGAGCAUAAGGCUAAGACCUGGACGAUUUUUUACCAUUCCUGAGGAAUUGCGGGCACAACAUGAAUCGCAACACGGAGAUGCAGUCAUGGAGUCAAUUGUCAACGAACGUAGUGGUUCUGUCUUGGGAAAGGGUUCUAUACUUAAAAUGUACUUUUUCCCUGGCCAAAGAACUUCAAGUCGUUUGCAAAUUAACGGUGCACCUCACGUAUACAAGGUCGAUAGAUAUCCUGUGUAUAGCAUGGCAACUCCCACAAUUUCAGGCGCUAAAAAGAUGCUCGCCUAUUUAGGCACCAAACUAAAGGAAGAAGGUGGGGUUUCAACAGAAAGAAUAGUAGUAACAGACUUGAGAGAAGAAGCGGUUGUUUAUAUCAAUGGAACUCCAUUUGUCUUGAGAGAAUUGAGUAAACCUGUUGAUACGCUUAAGCAUGUUGGAAUAACCGGUGCAGUGGUAGAAAGCAUAGAAUCACGGUUAAAAGAAGAUAUAUUGGCUGAAGUUCGAGAGACUGGAGGCCGAAUGCUAUUGCAUCGUGAAGAAUACAGCCCGGCAUCUAAUCAAUCUCGGGUUAUUGGAUAUUGGGAGAAUAUUCAACCAGAUAAUGUGAAGACACCUGCAGAAGUAUAUGCUGCUCUGAAAGAUGAAAAUUACAACAUAUCUUACCGCAGAAUACCUUUAACCAGAGAAAAAGAUGCAUUAGCUUCCGAUGUAGACGCGAUCCAGUACUGUAAAGACGAUUCCGCUGGGAGUUACUUGUUUGUAUCGCACACCGGUUUUGGAGGAGUUUCUUAUGCAAUGGCCAUAACUUGUCUCCUACUUCAACCUGGUCAGAACUUCGCAGCUACACCAACCACAGAUUCUUCUACCUUAGAAGAAGAUGAUUCGCCUUCACGGGCUUGUGAUGAAGAAGCGUUGAGUAUGGGAGACUACCGCGACAUACUGAGUCUCAUAAGAGUGCUUUCUCAUGGUCCUCAGAGCAAAUCAGACGUAGAUGGAAUAGUCGAACUGUGUGCUGGUGCUGGACAUUUAAGAGAAGACAUCGUUUACUACAGUAAAGAACUCAACAAGCUUCCUAUUACAAAAGAUGAAAACCGUUCAUACAUCAUGGACAUGGGUGUUAAAGCCUUAAGGCGCUACUUUUACCUGAUAACAUUCAGAUCAUACCUCUAUUGCACGUCACCGGAAGAAAUGAAAUUCUUGGAUUGGAUGAAGUCACGGCCGGAACUUGGACAUCUCUGUCAUAACCUCAGGAUAGAUAAGUAAAAGUGUGAUUUUGGGUUUCAGUGUCCAUACAUAUAUGUAUAAUCUAGGCAAAGUUAUGUUGUUUGGUUUAUACAGAGCUUUUAGUGUAUAAAAAUUGUACAGCUUU